UGUAAACGCUUGCGUCUCUCAAGACUGCAGUUCUACAUGCUUAAAAUGUCCCAGUCGCCUCAAUUAACGAAUGUCCACCAGCUGAGGAAUUAAUUUAUUUAUUUACUCACUUGAUCAUUUCACUAUACACCAUCACUGCUUCUAGACGUCGAUAAACCAGUAUUCAAAUUUCAUGCAUGCUUUCUGCAUUCAGACAUUCCACAUCACUAAAGUAAGGAAACGAAAGGUUGUUCACUAUAUUCUUUUACUGCAAAUAACGGUUUCAGUCAUGACAGUUUUGAUAUUAAAUUAAAAUAAGUAUCAACAAUUUUGUUGUCUUCUUUUGGUUGUUUGCAGUUUAUUUAAUCUUCACAUGAAGUUGACAGAUACAUGCAGCAAACUUUAUAAACGCUCUACAACUCAUUUUCCGGACCUUCAAUACUAUAAGUAUGAUUAUCGCAGGACUCCAGUUCUUAAAGAUUCAGUGAUUGGAAAAGGUGAUAGGACAAAAAGGGCUGUUUGUAUCGAAGAAAUGUUAUCAAUGUUAGCUUGCUUGAAAGAAAGUGAUUUUGAUCAACGUCCUUGUACACAAAUGAUAGACACAUUCAAUAAAUGCGUCCAUAUAACGGAGAAUAAGCGGAGAGCAAAUAAGGAUAUGCAAAAGUCAGGAGUCGUAUCGCCUUCUGACAAGUCAAGUAAAUCAUUUGAUCGACUAUCAUCAAAACAAAUUACUGAACUACUAAGACGCUUUCCUGAACCUUAGUAAUAUUUCGGCUCACCGUUUGUACAUUUGUAGUAACCAUUCAUAGCACUGAUUAAUAUAUUUUCUUUUUUUGUGUAAAAAUAUAACCAUUUAAAUUUAA